AUGGACAGCGCCACGCAGGUCGACCGAGAACUUGUCGCCUGCUGGACGGAGGAGAAGGCGGCCUGCUCGCGCCGCCUGAGCUACCUCAGGGACUACUGUCCCUUUCAAAGGGAGGAAGAGGAGGUGGGGGACGAGGGGAGCGAGCUGGAGACGACGACGACACGACCGAAGGCAGAGCCCGGUCACGCGGAGGUGCGGCCGGUGAAGACUAAACUGCCGUUCCACAGUCCGGAAUCCGAGGCCGAGUUCGUGAAGGCGAUUCGUUCGAGGUACCUGCUUAAGGUGAAGGACGACUUCUUAUUCCGCCAUGCAUACGAAAGAAAUCGUGCUCGAGCAGCAGAGCCUGAUGGCCGCCGGUGA